CUGAGGGGCGAGGGAGGCUGAGAGGGGCCGGAAGGGAAAAGUAGCCAGAGAGUUCCUCGUAAGGCUGGCAAAGGCAUACUAGGGUGCUGCUGAAGGAAGAUUUAUUUGCUUUUUAUCCGGCUUUGGUAGCGAAGGGAAUUGAAGAAAGCCUGACGCGAAGCGUGGGGAUUCGGGGGCGUGUGCGUUUAGUAUCGGUUAUGGAGCGAUUCAUGUAGGACGUGCUUGUUGGUCUAGUGGCAGGAGCGGAUGUAUCAAGUUUUCUGCGUUCCGUUCCCCAGAGAAGCCUAUGCCCUGAGAGAAGUUAUAUUUGCAGUUUGAGAUGGAGUCUGAAGAUGCCAUUCCUCCUGAAAAACUAGUUGAGGAUUUGAAACUCUCAGAAGAGCAAAGCUACUCUUUGCAAAGUGAGUGCGAUAAUGUGCACACUCCCAGAAUCGGUGAAGGAGAUAGUCCAUCAGCUGACUUGGAAGCCAGGGAAGAUGAUGAUCUCUUUCAUGACUGUAAUGACUCCUUUGAAUCAAAAGUAACAGGAGAGAAUCAUAACUGUGAAGUAGAUUCUUCAGAGAAUCAAACAGAGCUAGAUGAAAAAUACCUGUUAGAACUGCAGAAAGAUAUGUCAGAGGAAGAAAAACAGAAGAGAAGAGAUGAGAGCACGAAGCUAAAAGAAGAAGGAAACGAGCAGUUUAAGAGAAGAGAAUAUGAAGAAGCUGAAGACUCUUACUCUAAAGCCCUGGAAGUCUGUCCAGCCUGCUGCAGCACAGAUAGAUCUGUUUUGUAUUCAAACAGAGCUGCAGCCAGAAUGAAACAGGACAAAAAAGAAGUUGCCAUAGGUGACUGCAGCAAAGCCCUUGAAUUAAAUCCAGACUACAUCAAGGCUCUACUAAGGAGAGCAGAAUUAUAUGAAAAAACAGAAAAAUUAGAUGAAGCCUUAGAGGAUUACAAAAAUGUGUUGGAAAAGGAUCCCUCAGUACAUCAAGCAAGAGAAGCUUGUCUGCGCUUGCCCAGACAAAUAGAAGAACGAAAUGAGAAACUUAAAAAAGAGAUGUUGGGAAAACUGAAAGACCUUGGGAACUUUGUUCUCCGCCCAUUUGGCUUGUCAACAGAUAACUUCCAGGUGAAGCAGGAUUCAUCUACUGGCUCAUACUCCAUCAACUUUGUUCAAAACAAUAACCGAUAACAUAAGCCCAAACUUUAAGCAUUGUGUUGAAAGGCAUGUUUCCAGUGAAUUCAAAAUGGAUUGAGUAAACACUUAAUUCCUAACAUCUUUAUUCAAAUAUAAAGAUUUGAACGCAUUGCUAUGCAUUUUUUUCUUCUGUGGGGUACUUUAGUUGGCAUGGGCAACAGUGGGAAAUAGUCUGAUUUGUGGGGAUCUGGCCAUACGCACUUUAUUUAGGCACUCCAUUUCUCCCAAUGAGGAAAUAGGAGAAUUUAGUUUUGCUUAAUGGAAGAAUCCUAGCGAACCCAUACCUGUAAACAAAGUUCAACCCAUUUCUUGUUUUGUGAAGUUUGCAGAUCUUACUCACAACUGGUGAGAGAGAGCUGAUGUUUUUAUCUUCAAGUAGAAUAAAACAUUGAUGGUACUCCUGCUGUACUGUUGCCAUUUUUAAAUUCAGAACCUUGUUAGCAAAUAAGUAUUAACUUUAUCAUAAUGCUUUUUGUUGCUUAGUUGCCACAAAUCACACUGCCUAGCUGAGGGUGGCAGGUCAAAUACAACUGGCUGAUUGAAACAAUGUGCUUCACUGUUGUUUGCAACUAAGCUGACUGACAUGCUGCUGUUAGAAAAACUGGUCAAAGCAUUUUGAAUGUGCUUGUUGCUAUGACCCUGUUGUCGAAUGUGGUUUUUAUCAAGUUACAGAACAGUGCUGAAAAUGGCUGUUAUUUUAAAUCCUAGUAUGCAGACUUAUACUGGAAAGUAUCAUGUGUUGUACGAGAUGCUGCAGUGUUCUGAUGUAAUUCAGGCAAAGCCAUACUAUAUACCAUGUUCAAAUCCCUACUCUGCCAUCCCACUCAGUGAGAUGCUGGUAAAACCAUUAUUUGGUCCUUGGAGCAAGGGUGGGAUGAAAAUGAGUGAUGUCCUUGAUUUCAGUUGUUUUGGCUUAAGGUCUCUUAAUAUAUACAUAAAAGUUUGUAUUAUUCUCUUUAAGGUAAACAGCUAAUCUUCUUUUUCUGUGAUCGCUAGUACAAGAAUAAAUCAGCAAAUGUCGAAGGAA